CGAUCUUGUCUGGUCGAUAAACUAACAGGUGACGACAUCGUUGUCACUCUCAUCAUUUCAUAAUACGCCAUUUUCUUUGUGUGCAGCAUUCGAGCAGAAAGGUUUAUCAUCGCAUUUUCAUUGGAAUUGACGGUAUCUCCUUUGUUAAGGACGUAAAAUGGCUUCCCGCAAAAAAGUACUGCUCAAGGUCAUUAUUUUGGGAGACUCGGGAGUUGGCAAAACCUCUCUGAUGAAUCAGUAUGUUAAUAAAAAAUUCAGUAAUCAAUACAAAGCCACUAUCGGUGCUGACUUCCUUACGAAGGAAGUGAUGGUUGAUGACAGGAUAGUCACCAUGCAGAUUUGGGAUACAGCAGGCCAGGAAAGGUUUCAAUCUCUGGGAGUUGCUUUUUACAGAGGCGCAGAUUGUUGCGUCCUAGUAUUCGAUGUUGCGGCGCCUAAUACCUUCAAGUCUUUAGAUUCCUGGAGAGAUGAAUUUCUUAUCCAAGCGUCGCCGCGGGAUCCUGACAACUUCCCGUUCGUCGUGCUCGGCAAUAAAGUUGACCUUGAAAACAGAGCAGUAUCCAGCAAGCGGGCACAACAGUGGUGCCAAUUGAAGAACAACAUACCGUAUUUCGAAACUAGCGCAAAAGAGGCUAUUAAUGUCGAGCAGGCUUUUCAAACGAUAGCGAAGAACGCUUUAGCGCAAGAGAGUGAGGUGGAGCUAUACAACGAAUUUCCCGAUCAGAUCAAAUUGACUAACGACCAAAGGAGUAACGGCAAAGGAGAUUCUUGUGCCUGUUAAGGUCGCCAAGCAGAGGAAUCUCGAGCGCGCACGAAAACAAAGAAAAGAAAAUAAGACACGCAGGUCAGAUUGCACGCUCCACGAGAAUCUGCGCGACAGGAUUGACUGGAAGUCUCAAUUUAUAGUCCAAAAGAGCAUCUCUCGCUUCUUUUUUCUUACUUCUUCAUGUGGAGCAGUCUCAGAUGACGAUUCUGAAGAACAAAAAAAUUAGAGACAAAUCUUUGUCCUCCAAUACUCUAUUCAGCAGCAACAUCCAGUCAGCUAACUCGAAGAAAAAAGAAGCCGCUAAGAGGCGCCACCAGCGCAAUUUGGAGAACGCGCGCGUCACCUUUUUUUAAAGAAAGUUGAAAAAUGUACAAUUUGUUAGUUGAGAUUUAUCAUACGAUUUUCUCGGUAACGACGCAUUGCGCAACCUUGUUUCCAUCUGAGAGAUUAACUCACGCUCGAUUGUCGUGCGCAUGCGCAGUUGUCUCUGCUCUUUGUCCGCUACGAUCGGGGACUACGUAGAUCAAGUUCUUAAGUAUCGACUUUGUUGCUCAUUAACAUCUCAAUAUUCUUUACACUCAUUUUUUCUUUUGUAAAUUGGUAAAUUACGGCGAGACGUACGGAUUCGUCUUCUGCGAUUGCGCAGUCGCCGCGUCGCACGUACAUUUGUUAUUGGUCGCUUGUAUUUUCCUGCAUUUCACAAUUAAUGUCGUCCUUCGAUAUGCAGUUUCAGAAGACCCGGCAUGUAAUUAAGGCAUAUAGAGUUAAGGUCGCGUGAGCGUUUCGAUCGGACAGUGUUUAGUACCCAGAUAGUAACAGGUAUUCGAUUUUAAAACCUGGAUAAUAGAUAGUCGUGCUUGUCCUUUUAAUCGUCUUGAUAAAAAUUACUCAGACGAAAAUUUAAUCAUACUCCUGUCCAAUAACCGUAUCGAUCUUGCCGAUCUUGCCAAUCGUGUCGCUAUGUGAGAUAAAUCUUUAUUUAUAUUGGUAAAAUAUAUUUAGCGAAAUAUGUUACGUCGAUAACAGUCAAUGUCACUCGAAGAAUUUAGCACGGUGUUAGCGGUGACAUUUUUUUUACAGUACGUAUAUUUAUGCGAAAAUGCAUUAACACGUUGACUGCCAAACUACGAGGUAACUGGUAGUUGGGUUAAUUCUGAAAAAUACCGUGGCAGUAAACGUGUUAAUGGACAUUUGCUAUUGGUGGAAUCGAUCAUGUCUUGACAUUAUAAUUUUCUGAGUGAAUUUCACUUACAGUGACAAGUUGUAUAAUAUUCUUUAAAGAGAGAAAUUUCAAUCGAAUUUCUUAGAUAUUGUCAAGUGUUGCUGUUACUGGCAAACGAAUCAUAAUUUAUAUCAGGUCCGCGUGGAAAUUAUGAAUGAACGCGCGUUACUCCAUAAGUAAUGAUAAUUGCGCAUGCGCACUAUCGAUUUUUAUAAACUGCAAUUAAGUAAAUUCGCCAAAUUUCGUUUCCUUAUGGUUCAUAGAAACCCAAAAAAAUUAAUUUCUCUGCUUGUCUCCCCUUUCUCUAUAUCCAUUCUAAAUUUCUGAAACGAACUGUUGUCCUUUUUUUUUUCAAAUUGCAUAAUGCUUUUCGAUACGGCAAUUUUUAUGCUAUGUCAAACCCUCGUCCCUAGCUCUGUACCUCCUCUCCAUAUUCUCAAAUAGUAGAAAAUCUUUCAUACGAGGCAUAUUAGUUUUUUAAAAAUGAAUUUUUCAUUAUGCCAAUUUGCUAACUAUGCGUCUAUCCGGUGCGGGGUCACUGAAGUACGAUUGAUUUGUGCGUGGGAAAGACGGGAGAACAAAUAAAAAUGAAUUCGUUCUUCAUUAAUAAAAAUUAGAGACUUGUAUUACUGACCUUAUUACGUAAAUGCGUGAGUAAGUGAAAACUGUUGACGGUUAAUGUUCAUUGUAUGUAAUUUUCUAAACAUCCCGUGUCCGGAUCAGUGCUUUUAUUUCUUAAAAAAUACUUGUUUAUACAAAAAUUUGCAUACAAUUGUGGAGUUUAGGAAAGGUAAAGAAACGCAUCGUUGACGCAAGGGUGCGUGUGUUAAAUUGCUUUAUUAUGAAUUCACAGUAAAGAAAAAAAAAAAAAAAAUUAAAUUAAAUGGAAUAGAUAUAUAUGUAUAUUUAUAUAUAUACAGAUGUAGCACAUGCAAUAUAUAUAUAAAUAUAUACGGGUGCGUACACGGUUAUUCGGGACUAUUGAACCACCUGAAGAUGGUUCUGUUCAUUUGAUUUCUAAUAAAUCCUAUGGCAGAACCAUCUUCAGGCUUUGCAAUUGUCCUGAAUAACCGUGAAUGAUGAUCAUGACGAAUGCGAUUAUGAUAAAUGUAAUUUUAACGAAAUAUGUUAUUAUAAUGAAACUAUUAUUGCUACUCUUAGGUUUAAGUGAACAAAAAAAAAAUACACAAAAAUGAAAGAAAUACAUUAUUUGGGAAAUUGUC